AUGUCAAAUUCUAUUGCGGUAUCCGCGCCGCCGCCUGCAUCUUCGAAGAUAGUUCCGGUGUCGAAGGAUAUUGAAGAGGGAAGUUAUGUCAUCGCACCUCGGAAAGCGUCCAGAAAAGCCCCAAUCCAGGACGAUGAUGAGCCACUGGUUGACCUUACGGAAGCACUGGCAUUGAAGUCCAAGAAGACCGAUCGCAAGAAGAAGCAACAGCAGAAGAGGCUGGAAAGGAUCGAGAAGAAAAGAGUCAAGUCCGAUGUGAAGUCUUUUCUGGAACUGCCGCCUGAGCUUUUGGAAGAAGUUCUAAGUCACUUACGCCCAUCCGAUAUCUUCAGAUUGCUGCGCUUGAACAGAUCUACACGCGAUUUCAUCCUCAAUCAUGAGCAGUCUAUCUCUAAAGACAUCAUUCGGCGACGAUACUGGGUGCUUUAUCGAUGUCUUCAAGUUCCAGUAGCGCUCGAAAAAGUCGAUCACGUGGCGCAGCAGUGCCUGCUGACAAGCAAUUGGCAAGAUCGCCUACGGAUACAUACGAAACCGUAUCAACAUAUCCGAGCAAUCGAUGCGAAGUCAUCUUGCACGUGCAUGACUUGUGUAAUGGCAUGGAACGACCUAUGUUCAGUCCUGGACCUGGCGCAUUUCCAGCCCACACUUGACAGACACGAAGCUCUCCCUUCGAUCCCACGAGGCAGUAACCCCGAAUGGAACACAAGACUCGCCCAAAAACACGCGUCAAUCGUCGAGAAAGCCAUCCGCACCCCUCUCCACCAUGCCCUCAUCCUCCAAACCCACCUCGCCAGCAUUAUCGGCACACUUACCCGCCCUAUCCGAUGGGGCAAUAUCACCUUCGCACCGAAGAACAUGCUUUACCAUUUAUCCGAGCUCGACGUCGCACGAGAUACAGACGAGUUUUUGGAACGUAGUGGGCCGCCUUCGUAUGAGCCGUUGUAUUUUCGGGAAUAUUACAACCAUCAUAAAUGGGCGGCGUAUGUGCCGAAUAGGAAGUGGGAUAAGGAGGCGCUGAAAUGGCGGUAUCCGAAAUUUGGACUGUGGCAUGCGGAGAAUUUGGCUUGGGUUGUUUCGAGGAUGAGGCCGGAGGGUGAAUAG